AUGUCCAAUGGUCCAAUGGAUCCAAUGGAUCCAUUGAACAUGCAUAUGUCCAAUGGACAUUUCACUUGUCCAUUGGAUCCAAUGGACAUAGAUAUGUCCAGUGGACAUUUGAUUUUGUCCAUUGGAUCCAAUGGACAGGCAUAUGUCCAGUGGACAUUUGGUAGUGCGGUAAAUAAGUAAGUAAUAAAUAAGUAAUAAAUAAGUAAUAAAUAAGUAAUAAAUAAGUAAUAAAUAAGUAAUAAAUAAGUACAGGAAUGACGUCAUAGGUUGACAUCGACCCCAUGCUAGCAGCAGGCCUGUGAGAUGGCAAAUGGAGUAUGUCCAAUGGUGCAUUGGAUCCAAUGGAUCCAUUGGACAGGCGUAUGUCGAAUGGACAUUUCAGUUGUCCAUUGGAUCCAAUGGACAUAGAUAUGUCCAGUGGACAUUAGAGUUGUCCAUUGGAUCCAAUGGGAUACGCAUAUGUCAAAUGGGCAUUUGAAUUGUGCGUUGAAUGUAUAAUUGUGAGGCAUAUAUGCAAUGUGUAAAUUAUUUGUAUGCCAUUUGAUAGUUACAGUUUACAGGGCCUAUUAAGUACUAGUUAAAACAUGAGCAGUCGGUCUUUAUCUGAUAUACAAGUGCUUAAAUAACGACCCAUCUUAUGAGUUCAUUGACGAAGUAUUUUUAAAAAUAAACAUUGUCUAAGGCGCAAAAAUCAAAGCUAAAGUUUAUGUAAAUCAGGAUCGCAUCUUUAUCCGAUUUAGAAACAUUGAUUAAACAUUCACUUAUUUUUUAAUGAAAUAUAAGAUAUUGAAUAUACAAUUAUCAGUUGGUUUAUUCUGAUAAUUCUGUAUGCGACUAUAAACAUACGCGUUUAUUUAAAACUAUUUCAGGACUGGUGGUCCUUUAGUAAGGAAUUGUCUGAGAAGCGAAAUACUUUUAAGCGACGCGGUUGCCAGUUACGUUAAUCGCAGUUAUGAACAGUGUAGCGAAGAAUGCCCUUACGAGUGUAACUAA